AUGUUAGAAGAAGCGGAAAAUCUCAAAAGGAAUGAAAUUUUAGAACUAUCUCACCAACUAGAAGAUAAGGGUCAUAUUCAAUCAGCAGUUAAUCAUAAAAUUGAUCGCCUAAAGAAAAAUAUUUCGAAACAAUCAGAUCAAAACAAUAAGAAAAGCACAGAAUUAGUUCACAUCAUUGAAUCUAUUCAAAAUGAUACAAAUAUUUUAAAUCAAAUCAAUCAAGGAAAUUUUGAUAACUCCAACUAUACUGAAAGUGAGGCCAUCAACGAUAUGCAAGAGUUGAUCAUACAGUUGGAAGAAAAAUUGAAACAGCAAUUCGCUGAGAAACACUUAAAUGAUACGUAA